UAUUCUGAGGGUACAAAACAUAAACAAAGUUCUAAUUAAUUUUCAUAAUUUUCCACAUCUGUCAAAAUGAAGUCGGAAAAGCUGAAAAGAAACUUUUGGAUAUCCGCGGAAAUAGAAUGCAUGCUGAACUUGAUUAAAGAAGUCAAUAACUCACAAGGCGCUCUGUCCACAAGCACAACCCAAUAUACAUUUAUUCAAAUAGCAAACCAAAUGAAAAAGCGUGGAUUCCCAAACAAAUCGCCAACUCAAAUCCGAAGGAAGUGGUUUCAAAUGAAAUCCGCCUAUCUUUGCUAUAAAAAAGGAAACCUCGACCGACUAUUUCUAAUACCCGAGAAGUUCCGAAACGUUAUAGCACAAUUUGUAGAAAGCGGCGAAAAAAUAGGACGUUCCAAUUUGUCAACUAUUUCAACGGGAACACUUCCCCCAGUCCAAAAGCAACAAGAACAACAAAAAAACCAUUCCAAACAAGAAGAUGCUCCUAAAGAAGAGUCCUCUCCCAUGGAUAAGUUUCUCAACCAAAUCAGGAAAAAUAAUAAAUUGCUGAAUGCGGAGUUUAUGAAAAUGGAGGAAUCUCUAUUCCUCUAUGAGCAAAAAUGUCAAUUUAUUAGAGAUCAAAAUAUUAUUAAGUUUAUUAAUGAUUAAAAAAUAUACAAAUAAAAUAUAUUA